GUGACGUCAGCAGGUCGUUGUGAACUGACUGACACGUACGGUUUUAUUAACAAAAAAUAAAUAAAAAAGUCAGAGUCAAACAGCUCGGAGCAGUGGAGAGGCAAGAGCAAAGACAUUAGCUGAACAAAAAUCUCUUCAGAUCUCACUUCCUGGUGCCACCAUGAAUGUGUUCGACCGCAACAUCAACUUUGAUGCUCUCUUCAAGUUCUCCCAAAUAUCUCACUCAACUCAGGUGCACUUGAAGAAUGUGUACUCCAGCCUGGCAGUUUGUAUGUUCGUGGCUGCAGCUGGCUCCUAUGUCCAUGUUGUUACACGCCUCUUUCAGGGCGGUGUUCUGUCUGUGCUCGGCUCCCUGGGGAUGAUGUUCUGGCUGGCCAUGACACCACACAACUCUGAGACAGAGAGGAAGAGACUGGCUAUCCUCGCAGGAUUUGCCUUCCUCACAGGUGUUGGUCUUGGCCCCACACUGGACUUUGUCAUCGCGGUGAAUCCGAGCAUCAUUGUGACGGCUUUCAUGGGAACCUCUGCGAUUUUCAUUUGCUUCACUCUCAGCGCCCUCUAUGCCAAGCGAAGGAGCUACCUGUUCCUUGGAGGCACACUGAUGUCUGGCCUUUCCCUUCUAUUCCUGAUGUCUGUGAUGAACAUGUUCUUUGGAUCUCUGAUGCUGUUUAAGGCACACAUGUACCUCGGGCUGUUCAUCAUGUGCGGCUUUGUACUGUUUGACACUCAGCUCAUCAUUGAGAAAGCAGAGAACGGCGACAAGGACUAUGUCUGGCACUGUGUGGACCUGUUCCUCGAUUUCAUCACCAUCUUCAGGAAACUGAUGGUCAUCCUUGCCUUGAACGAUAAGGAGAAGAAGAAGGAAAAGAAGUAAAGAACGUUUGAGAAGCUGGAAAACAACAAUCUGUCAGAAAAGGCACAAUUUGCAGCGCACUUGGUGCUUUUUACUUUCUGUCUUCAUUUCUUGAAUUAACUCCUAUGUGGUCUUAUAUUAUUGAAAU